AUGAUUUGGUAUGUGGCCACUUUGAUAGCAAGUGUGAUCAGCACCCGAGGUCUUGUGGCUCAAGGUGCCCACGGCCUGCGAGAGGAGCCGGAGUUUGUGACUGCUCGAGCCGGCGAAGGCGUGGUUCUGAGAUGCGACGUAAUCCACCCAGUGACAGGACAGCCUCCGCCCUAUGUUGUAGAGUGGUUCAAGUUUGGGGUCCCCAUCCCUAUCUUCAUCAAGUUUGGCUACUAUCCCCCACAUGUGGACCCUGAGUAUGCAGGCCGGGCCAGUCUUCAUGAUAAAGCAUCCCUGCGGCUGGAGCAGGUGCGCUCUGAGGACCAGGGUUGGUACGAGUGCAAAGUACUCAUGCUGGACCAGCAGUAUGACACAUUCCACAACGGCAGCUGGGUUCAUCUCACCAUUAACGCCCCUCCCACCUUUACAGAAACACCCCCCCAGUACAUCGAGGCCAAGGAAGGCGGAAGUAUCAGCAUGACUUGCACUGCUUUUGGGAACCCUAAGCCCAUCGUCACCUGGCUCAAGGAAGGGACCCUCCUCGGUGCUAGUGGAAAGUAUCAGGUGAGUGACGGUAGCCUAACGGUGACAUCAGUCAGUCGAGAGGACAGAGGCGCCUAUACCUGUCGAGCAUACAGCAUCCAGGGUGAGGCUGUGCACACAACCCAUCUGCUUGUUCAAGGGCCUCCCUUCAUUGUUUCCCCUCCUGAGAACAUCACCGUCAACAUCUCCCAGGAUGCUCUGCUUACCUGCAGGGCAGAGGCGUAUCCCGGCAACCUCACCUACACCUGGUACUGGCAGGAUGAGAACGUCUACUUCCAGAAUGACCUGAAACUAAGGGUGAGGAUCCUGAUUGAUGGCACACUGAUCAUUUUCAGAGUGAAGCCAGAGGAUGCUGGGAAGUAUACCUGUGUCCCUAGCAACAGCCUGGGGCGCUCCCCCUCUGCCUCAGCAUACCUGACUGUGCAGUACCCAGCCCGUGUCCUCAACAUGCCCCCUGUAAUUUAUGUGCCCGUGGGAAUCCAUGGCUAUAUCCGCUGUCCUGUGGAUGCAGAGCCACCUGCUACUGUGGUGAAGUGGAAUAAGGAUGGCCGGCCUCUGCAGGUAGAGAAGAACUUGGGUUGGACCUUGAUGGAGGAUGGCUCUAUUCGCAUUGAAGAGGCCACAGAGGAGGCUCUUGGCACUUACACCUGUGUGCCUUACAAUACCCUGGGGACCAUGGGCCAGUCUGCCCCUGCACGGCUUGUCCUGAAGGAUCCCCCGUAUUUCACGGUGCUACCUGGCUGGGAGUAUAGGCAAGAGGCUGGCCGGGAGCUGCUCAUCCCCUGUGCAGCUGCAGGGGACCCCUUCCCUGUCAUCACCUGGAGGAAGGUAGGGAAGCCCAGCAGGAGUAAGCACAACGCACUGCCCAGCGGGAGUCUCCAGUUUCGUGCCCUGAGUAAGGAGGACCACGGGGAGUGGGAAUGUGUUGCCACCAAUGUGGUCACAAGCGUCACUGCCAGCACCCACCUCACUGUCAUCGGUACCAGUCCCCAUGCCCCAGGCAGUGUCCGGGUCCAUGUCUCCAUGACAACUGCCAACGUGUCCUGGGAGCCAGGCUAUGACGGAGGCUACGAGCAGACAUUCUCAGUUUGGUACGGACCUCUGAUGAAGCGGGCUCAGUUUGGGCCCCACGACUGGCUGUCCUUGUCAGUGCCACCGGGCCCCAGCUGGUUGCUGGUAGACAGCCUGGAGCCUGAGACUGCAUACCAGUUCAGUGUCCUGGCCCAGAACAGGCUGGGAACCAGCGCCUUCAGUGAGGUGGUCACUGUGAACACUUUAGCAUUCCCUGUUACAACUCCAGAACCCCUGGUGCUGGUGACCCCACCAAGGUGCCUCACAGCCAACCGGACCCAGCAGGGUGUGCUCCUGUCCUGGCUCCCUCCUGCCAACCACAGCUUCCCCAUCGAGCGCUAUAUCAUGGAGUUCCGAGUUGGGGAGCGCUGGGAGAUGCUGGAUGAUGCCAUCCCAGGCACUGACGGAGAGUUUUUUGCCAAGGAUCUGUCACAGGAUACCUGGUAUGAGUUCCGGGUUUUGGCUGUCAUGCAGGAUCUGAUCAGCGAGCCCAGCAACAUUGCCGGUGUCUCCAGCACAGACAUCUUCCCACAGCCGGACCUGACUGACGAUGGGCUGGCUCGGCCAGUGUUGGCUGGGAUAGUGGCCACCAUCUGUUUCCUGGCGGCUGCCAUCCUCUUCAGCACUCUGGCUGCCUGCUUUGUCAACAAGCAGCGCAAGCGCAAACUCAAGCGGAAGAAAGAUCCUCCGCUUUCCAUCACUCACUGUAGGAAGAGUCUUGAGUCUCCCUUGUCCUCUGGCAAGGUGAGUCCUGAGAGCAUCCGCACACUCCGUGCCCCAUCUGAAUCCUCUGACGACCAGGGCCAGCCUGCGGCCAAGAGGAUGCUGAGCCCUACAAGGGAGAAAGAACUGUCUCUGUACAAAAAAACCAAGAGGGCUAUCAGCAGCAGGAAGUAUAGUGUGGCCAAGGCUGAGGCUGAAGCUGAGGCUACCACACCCAUUGAACUGAUCAGUAGAGGCCCGGAUGGCCGUUUCGUCAUGGGCCCAUCGGAGAUGGAGCCCUCUGUGAAGGGCCGGCGAAUCGAGGGCUUCCCCUUCGCUGAGGAGACGGACAUGUACCCUGAGUUCCGGCAGUCAGAUGAGGAGAAUGAAGACCCACUGGUGCCCACGUCUGUGGCUGCUCUGAAGCCUCAGCUGACCCCUAUGUCUUCCAGCCAGGACUCUUACUUGCCACCACCAGCAUACAGCCCUCGGUUCCAGCCUCGUGGGCUUGAGGGUCCCAGCGGACUGGGAGGACGACUCCAGGCUACUGGCCAAGCAAGGCCUCCUGCCCCUCGGCCCUUCCAACACGGCCAGUAUUAUGGGUACCUCAGCAGCAGCAGCCCUGGGGAGGUGGAACCUCCACCCUUCUAUAUGCCAGAAGUGGGCAGCCCCUUGAGCUCAGUCAUGUCGUCCCCACCCCUGCACACCGAGGGGCCUUUUGGCCACCCCACCAUCCCUGAGGAAAACGGAGAGAAUGCUUCCAACAGCACUUUGCCCUUGACUCAGACACCUACAGGAGGGCGCUCCCCUGAGCCCUGGGGCCGGCCAGAAUUUCCCUUUGGGGGACUGGAGACCCCAGCUAUGAUGUUCCCCCACCAGCUGCACCCCUGUGACGUGGCCGAGAGUUUGCAGCCCAAGGCCUGCCUGCCCCGUGGACUGCCCCCAACUCCCCUCCAGGUGCCUGCAGCCUAUCCAGGCAUGCUAUCUCUGGAGGCACCAAAGGGCUGGGUAAGCAAGUCACCUGGCAGGGGUCCCAUCCCGGCGCCUCCUGCCACAAAGUGGCAGGAAAGACCUAUGCAACCUCUGGUCAGCCAAGGGCAGCUAAGACAUACCAGCCAAGGUAUGGGGAUACCGGUGUUGCCUUACCCGGAGCCAGCCGAGCCCGGGGGGCACGGUGGCCCCAGCACAUUUGGCCUGGACACUAGGUGGUAUGAGCCCCAGCCCCGGCCCCGGCCCAGCCCCAGGCAGACCCGGCGUGCCGAGCCCAGUUUACAUCAAGUGGUGCUACAGCCCUCCCGGCUCUCACCUCUGACCCAAAGUCCCCUAAGUUCCCGCACUGGCUCCCCUGAGCUCGCUGCUCGUGCCCGACCCCGGCCAGGCCUCCUGCAACAGGCAGAGAUGUCAGAGAUCACCCUGCAGCCGCCAGCCGCGGUCAGCUUUUCGCGCAAGUCAACGCCAUCAUCUACCGGAUCUCCUUCACAGAGCAGCCGCAGUGGGAGCCCCAGCUACAGGCCCACAAUGGGCUUCACUACUCUGGCCACAGGCUACCCUUCUCCUCCACCUGGCCCUGCCCCUCCGGCACCAGGGGACAACUUGGAUGUGUUUGGACAGACGCCUUCCCCUCGGAGGAUGGGGGAGGAGCCACUCCGGCCAGAGCCCCCAACAACCUUACCUACUUCAGGAAUACUUCCACCUGCACCCGGGAACGCUGCUGUGCCUGAGAGGCUGGAGGCUCUGAGAUACCAACGGAUAAAGAAGCCCAAAAAGUCAUCCAAGGGCUCUUCGAAGUCAAAGAAACGAUCCGACGGUUCUGCCUCCCAGGCUCAGCAGCUUCCCAACUCUCAGGUUCUGUGGCCCGACGAAGCUGUCUGCCUCCGAAAGAAGAAGAGACACUCUCGUCCUGAUCCCUUUGCCCGGCUUUCAGACUUGUGCCACCGUCAGCUUCCAGAAGACCAGACGGCGAUCCUCAACAGCGUGGAUCACGAUGACCCAGGCCACGCUACUCUGCUAUGA